AUGAAACCAAACGAACAGACGCCGUUGGCUCGAUCCAAAAUUGAACUUGUCAAAUUUGUUUGUCAUCAAUUACAUCCAUUUGCCUAUGCUGUUAGUACAUUUUUGAGGCCAGCUUUAGACGAAUGUCAAACCGCCAUACACGAUGAUUCUGUGAACACACUCGAUCUAUUAAUUCAACUGGCUCAAACAUUUAUUCGUACAGCUCCUGAACCAGAAUUGAUCUACGAUGAUAUCAGAAAAUUUGCUGCUGAUUUACGAUCUACAAUCGACGAAUGUAUGCGUGUCGUUGAUGUCAAUCAAGUUAAGCAUCCACCAACUGUCAUUGAAGAAACGUUAAAUGGUUUACAGAGCCUAGUUGAAACAGCAGUUGAAGAUCAACGUUAUACAACAUUAUAUAAAAAUUUAUCAGUUUUAACAAAUUUGGAACGGAUUAAUUCAUUACCAACAGAAAAUUUAAUUCAACUUUCUUCAUAUGCACAUAAUCACCGACCCCAUUCAUCCAAUUCAGAUCGUUAUUCAGCGCCAGCUUCUCCAACAACACACGGACCACAACAACCAUUACUGACAACAAUCGGUGGAACAUCAACAACACCAUCUUUUUCGAAUCGUCAUGAAAUUCCCCAUCCAACAACCAAUGGCCAUUCUAACGGCUCUAUUCGUUUCAAUAAUUUUCAAUUUCAACAGCAAUCACCUCCACAACCAUCCCAGAUCAUAAAUCGUAUUCAAGCUGAAUCACCAUCAUCUCGUAUUCAGCACGCAUCGUCGUCGUCUUCAUACACAGAAGCGUCAAUUUCUCCCUCACCGCUACCAUCUAAAUUUCUAAAUGCGCCAAAACAACAACAACAACUGUCGGAAAAGCAAAAUUUGACAUCUCAAGUUAAAAACUCAUUAACAGCUUCCACGUCAAAUUUUCUGAAUAAUCGUCAAGAAAUAGCUUCGUCAUAUUUGGAUGAAUAUGAAAUUACUGAUACCUCUAAAAAAUUAACGACACCAAUUGCCUCAUUUCCUCCUCGAUCAUCCUCAUCCUCAUUGGUACAAAGUACAUAUACAAAUACACCAGCAGUGAAAACAGCAGUGACAACGGUAAUAAAUGACGCUGGCUAUUCUUUUUCACCAAUAAUAAAACCAAUAGUGGCACCUACACAACGUCAAUACAUUGCUGAAGAUCAUUCUGAGAAAAAUUCGAUACAAAAGCAUCCACUAUCAAUAGAUUCAGCUUAUGAUAGUCAACAACGAACAACAACCUCAAUACCGUCAGAACGAACAGAAGGUUACUAUGAAGACAUCGACAAUUAUGAAGAGGAAGAAAAAGAUUUUGUUGAUCAAGCUGAAGCAAAACAAUAUUAUUUGCAGCCUGCAUUUAAUGAUCCACAAACGGCUGCUGCAUCAUACAUUCCAUGUAAACAGUAUAUGUCGAUAAUAGAUGAAGAAUCCAUCCAAAAUCAAUCUUUAGUAAAAAAUGAUAUUGUUAAAAGACAUGUUACAGAUGAUUAUCUAAGAGAAUGGGGUACUAAAAGAGAACGUCCUGCAUUACGUGGAAACUGUUUUAUGAUAUAUGGUAAUCAACAAAAUCCGAAUGAGCCACGUCGAAGUCAGACAAGAGGAAGUUCAAACGAUUACGAUCAGAAUCAAAGUAGUUGUCUUCCAAUCGGUGUUUCAUUAACAAAUGAUGAUUCAACAAUAUUAUCAUGUGAUGUGCAUGUCAAUUCAAAUUGUGUACGAUUGUAUGAUGUUCAAAGUGGUCAACUGAAACAUUGUAUAUCUAGUACACGUGAUAUGAAAUUAAGUCGUCCAAGUGCUGCUCUAAUGAAUUUACGUGACCAAAUUGUUAUAAAAGAACGUAAUCAUGUUUAUAUUGUUGAUUCAGGUAGUGAUACACUCCUAAAAACAAUAUAUGACCGAAAUUCAAUGAAAAAUUUAUAUGGUGUUUGUUUAUAUGAAAAUAAAUAUUUGUUAACAAUUGAUCAACAACGUCCAGAAAGUGCUCGCAUUUUGUUGAUUGAUCAAGAUACGGCACAAAUUGUUCAUUCGUUUGAUUUCACAUCAAUUAGUUUAGAAGAUGAAAAUUUGAUUCGACGAAAAUAUAGCAGUGAAAUUUUACAUGGACGAAUAUUACAACCACAAACGAGCAAAUUACGAUUUCUUGCCGUUAAAAAUGAUAGAAUUUAUAUCAGCGAUUUAGGUCGUAGUUUAAUUUAUGUUACAAAUAUUCAUGGCCAAAUACUGGAUCAUCAGUUUACAUUUGGUGGUACUGGCAAUCAACCGGGCGAAUGUUGUGAUCCAGCGGGAUUGAUUAUUGAUACAGCGGGAAAUAUUAUUAAUGCUGAUAGUAAAAAUGAUCGUAUUCAGAUUUAUUCAUCUAAUGGUGAAUACAAUACCAAAUUUCAGUUGAAUGAACCGAUACGUCGUCCGUCCGAUAUUUGUAUUAAUCGUGCUGGUACUCAAAUAUUUAUAUCAUGUUAUCUAAAAAGUUGUGUCAAAGGAUUUGAUCUAAGAUUUUGA